GUGCGCUUCAAGAAGUGAGGGUGGAUGGUCGUCGUUAAAGCAGCUGCGUGCUUCAGUGACCACGUGUCACCUGUCAUCAGCGUUAAGAGUGUAGGCUUAUCGUGAGGAAACUUUGAGUUCAUCGGCUUGUCUCUAGACUGAUUUGCAGUCAUGCUUCGUUGUCUUUAUCUUAAAGUGUGGAUGAUCAACUUGAUUAUUUGAAAGGAACUAAACAAACGUUGUAUGAUCUUAGCAGCCUUGACUUUUCCUCUCCAUAUUGUGAACUGACGGGACAAAAAAUAGAAAAUUGCUCGGCGCAAUUAGGCACGCGUUGCUGAAGUCAUACUGCACGACGCCACGAAUGUCAUCAUCACUCUCACCUCAUGACUGGCGCUGUUUUCUUAACAUUUGCGUAGAUGCAGUCGCUACAGCCACACUGAGUCCUAAUCACACUUCACAGUAAUGUUCUGUCGACUUCAGUGCACGAGAUGAAGGAUUAUCGAUUGUAGCCGUUGUGAACUUGUGAGUCAUGGACAAAUCGAAUUAUUUUGCCUUGAAUAAGUUUGUGUUUCGAAAUUUUAUCGUUUCGCACUUGCAAGAAUCGAUGCUCCAGCCAUGUUUUUGGUAUCGCUGUCGAGUGAUUGUGUAAAUCAAAGAUCUUGUGGAGCUGCUGAACUAAAAGCAUCCCUAGGAAAAAUUGCUUGACGAGUGGAUGGUAGAAACAGCAAAGAAGAGCCUGUAUCGGCGGUUGGCGGCCGACAAUUUAUUUGGCCAUCGAUAAGCCAGCCAAGAUUUGCUAUAGUAUAUCAACAUGGCUGGCAGAACCUUGCUUCUCCUGCUAGUGACGGCGUUCGUUGGCUGCAGUCUGGGCCGGCGUCACCAGCGGCCGCAGUUCUGCGCAGACUUGCCUGGUGACGAGGACGGAUCGUUCUUAUGGAUGGUGAAGCAAGAUCCACCGUCGUAUUUUUUCGGCACAAUUCACGUACCAUACACACGUGUUUGGGAGCACGUGCCGUACAACACCAAGAAAGCCUUCGAGAUGAGCGACAACGUCAUGUUCGAGCUCGCCCUCACCGACCCUGCCACCAUCACCGCCCUCACCACCUGCCAGCUGCUGCCCCAGGGCAAAUCUCUAGCAGACGUGCUGCCCGGCGAGCUGUACGCGCGGCUCAGGAGCCACCUGAGUUACAUCAGGUCUCAGAUGCCGCACUGGCUCACGCCCCCCGACAACACAUCGCGAUGGGCCUAUGCCAACUACCUCUUUGAUGCCAUCACAGGAAAUUGGGAACGGAAGCGUCCAGUGUGGGUGAUGUUGAUGGUGAACAGCCUGACGGAGAGCGACAUCAGGAGCAGGGAGGUGCCGGUGCUGGACCUCUACCUCGCUCAGGAGGCCGAGAAGAUGACCAAGACCACGGGCGCCGUCGAGGAGGUCGACGAGCAAUGCAGACCUCUCAACGGCCUCAACUUCUCGCAGGUGGUGUUUGCCCUGAACCACACGUUGUCGCUGCAGGAGCAGCACAAGAGUCGUCGCAGCGACAAGGUGUACACGACAGACGACCUCAUCAGACACUACAACUGCGGUGAUCUCGACGCUGUUAUCUUCUCCCAGGACACCGCGCAGGUACCGUACCUGGGCAACAGCUCGCUGCCGCCCAUGGAAGCCGCGACGGCGCAGCUCAUCGACCAAUACUUCAGAGAGGAGCUCAUCUACAGGAGGAACGAGCGCAUGGGCUCCAGAGUUGUCCAGGUGAUGCUGGAACAUCCUGAGCGUAGUUUUUUCUUCGCAUUUGGUGCAGGGCAUUUCCUGGGCAACAGGACCGUCCUGGACGUGGUGCGAGCCGCCGGCUUUCAAGUGAUGCACGUCGGUCCGGACUACCGCCUCAAGAAACACAAGCGGCCUACCCAAAGGGGUGGAGCAGUGUUGCCAGACACGAAGGUGCUCAAGAACUUCUCCCACGCGCCCAACAGGCUUCUUCUCCACCAACAGAUGGACCCGGCCUUUACGAGGUCCCUUUUGGAGUCGCGGGAGCGAACCCGGCCCCCCAGCACCACUCCCCCUCCGCCCAAGAAGGCGCACUUCAACCACCUCUGGGUCAGGAUAGACGCCGACCAACCCGCCAGUUCCUCAGCGUCAUCAAAGGACGGCGACGCGCUGGCGGUGGAGGAAGGCCUGCGUGUCUGGUACGGGCUCAGUGGGGGGCGUCCCUCGGUGAGGUGCGAGCCGCUGCUGCUGCUGCCCCUGCUGCUGCUCCUGCACCACUGCCUCAAGGGCUUGCUGCUUUCUCCAAGUCCUUUAUUGUAGUUACUGCUUUAAUAUCCUUCUUUUAGUUCUAGGCACCAUUCCUACUAGCAAGAUGUCAAACCAAUCGUUCGUAGGUAUUAUAUGGCAAAAUUUUCGUGAAAUUGAAUAUCGACUUGUAUAUCACAAAUUCAAGUCGACAAAAAUUCCUGAACAUUUAAAUGAUAGCUUAUUUGAAGACCUUUUUAAUAAAACGUGUGCAAUAUUCACAACGUAUCCAAUUUGAAAUUGUAUGUGUUUUUGGUAGUAGUUACAAAAAUGCACCAGAAUCAUUUUGUUGUGUUGAAUUGUACUCCUGUUCACCGAAGCUCCGACUUCUAUACUCCAUUUUGCGUUUGCGUUCUAUAAAUGGCGCCAAUUAGUGCGCUGCAUAGAUACUUAGCUAUAUCAUUCAACUCUCAUGUUCAUCAUUAUGCUAACUCUCGUUAAGGAACUCUUGGCUCUCUUCGUCUAAAAAAUUGUAUAAUUUGGAUGCACAAUCCAAAAUUCGAAUUUUUCUUUUCAUUGCAUACUAUUUCUCCAAUCACGCACUCUGAAAAAAUUUUUGCAAAGAGUAAUGCUUCCUAAAAGAUCUGUAAUCAUAUCUAUUGUUUUUUUUAGCUGGGAUUACUAACCCGACUAGACGAUCAUGACUCAAAUCAAUCAAAUUGUUCUUGCCUAUUAUAUCCGGAAGCGUUUAUUUUACUCGCACUAAAAUAUUCUGCUUCCGUCUGUCUCACUUUGACUCCAAACACAGUGUAUUUAUACGAAUAUUCAUGCGGGUGUUUGUAGGACUUCUUCGCUAACUCAAAAUCAUCGUAUUACCGUGAGGUUAUGACCCUAGGAAUGGUUCUCAGUAAGUUAAUUUUUUUUAUUCUUUGUAGGUUUCUAAUGUUUAGGAUAAAGAUAUCGCUCGUUCGAGGCUAGUGUAGUAUUUCUCUGUGCCAGUUUCUAGUUUUAAGGCACGUUCCAAGCAUCAUUUGUGGGGACCCUAAGUUCCCGCUCAGAUAAUAAACGAACCAUACAUCACAUGUGAAAGAAACGAGAGUUUCCUACGCAUGUAAGACACGAUCCAUGCAUCACAUGUGAAGGAAACUAGAGUUUCCUACGCAUGUAAGACACGAUCCAUGCAUCACAUGUGAAGGAAACUAGAGUUUCCUACGCAUGUAAGACACGAUCCAUGCAGCACAUGUGAAGGAAACGAGAGUUUCCUACGCAUGUAAGACGCUGUCCAUGAAUCAAAUGUGAAGUAAAUUGCAAGUGACAACACAUCUCGCGCGUGUUGUGAUAACACAUCACCUCCCUAGCCUAAGUCCACCAAGGCUACCUCGUAUGUUAUAACGGCAGGCCAAGCUAGCGUACGACACUAUGACUUUCCUCCGUCCAUUUACUUUUAAGUUGUCAUUUCAUCUUAGUCUGAUGCACACUGCACAGCUUCCAUCUUAAUUCUAUAUGCAUCACUGGAUAACUAUUUUAUUUCGACGACGAUUCGCCAAAUCAUGCAACGCGUUGUGACCAUUUUAUUCCUGAAAAUACCUGCGUAAAGUUCAUUAUCAUCCAAGUUAUUUUGUAUCCCUCAACAAUGACAGAAAACAAUAAACGUUCGUAAAUCACUUGAGUAUAACAGUUAUGGCUGAUGAUUGGCUUAGAUGUUAGCUUGAGAUUGAACUCGGUUGAUCAUCGCUGUCAGUCGUUUAUGUAUUGAAAUUGCUUUCAGUAGAUCACUUAUUUUAUCCGAUGUAUGUGCGUAAAUCUGUGUGAAUUAUUUGUAAGCGUCACGUGCCAUGCUAUAAUUGUAAAUUUUGUACUGUGUACAUAACUGGUGUUAGUUUAACACCUACUCAAGGAGUUAAGAGGCUGAACUAUAUAUGGGUAUUGUCAUGCGCCAGCUGAUCUGUUAUUCUAAAUGUACAUUUACAAACCGCUCGUGUAUUCUGUAUAGUUUUUAAAAAUAAUCUUUCUGUGUAUUAUCCUUAUUUGCGCCUCUAUUCUGUUAUUGUUGUAUAUCUACUGUUAUCAUAGAAUUUUCUGUCGAUUUGCGAUCUGAUUAAUUAAUAUUCGCGGGUCUCUUUGAGUUGUUGUUAAUUUUAAAAUUUUUAUUGUGGACAUCCUUUAAAUGGAUAAAAUGUUGGAAAUGAUCCAUUUUAGAACUUCACACUCGGUGUUCUUUCAUAAUUUAGCUGACGCUACAGAUUCUAGUAAAAUUGAAUGCACAUUUUUGUCCGUGUUUCCGUUAUAACCGAAGAUUCCGUAGCUCAACCCUUGUUUUUAGACAUAACUUUCAUGAACAAAUAUUUUAUCGAACUCUAAUCGCCCUCAUAAAUUCGUAUGUUUUCAAAAGACGUGUGUCUGUCACAGAAUCUAUGCUUUUACGCAUAAUUUUUACUAUAUUUUUUUAAUCAUGAUCAUUAUUAUUAUCGAUUUGAAGACAUAACCGUCUUUUAGAAUCCCGUGCUCCAAGCUCUGCUCGCGGUCAUGUUAGGCUUGGUUUUGCUCUCAUACUUCCUCGAGUUGUCUAACAAUUAAUUGAAAUUAUAAAAUUAAUUAUCUUUUUUGAACAGUAUGAAGUUGAGUAAUUUGUAUAUACCGAUCCUUUUUCCUUUAGUUUUGAAGAAAUUUAGACUUUUUAUUCCGUUUUGUUUGCGAGUAAAAAUCAAUGAGAGCAAAUUAAAAUGUUUCAGGGAC